GACAAACCAAAAGAAGGUGAGAGAUGGUUAAAGAAAGAUGAAGAGAAUAGGAAGAGAAAUGUGAAGUCAGGCAAUAGACUCAUUGACUUUAACAUCGAAGCUUUAGAUGAACCAAACAGAGAAUAUUUACACAAACAUUUCGGUAAGGUUUUCAUGAGACUCUUAGAGAAGAUUAAAAUAAACUCACAACAGAGAUGGAUGGUAUGUUAUAAACUUGGUGGAAAGUAUGAAUGUUCUACGUUAAACCUCAAUAAUAUUGGAACAUUACUACAUCAGCUCUUGAAGGAGAACUUUAUAUCAGAGAUAGAAGCAAAUGCCGCAGGUAUUGUUGAAAUGCACUAUGACUUCUUCUUGACAAACAUAAAGAAUCUUACUGAAAUAAAGAUGUAUGAUUUAACAGAAUAUGAAGGCUUAACGAUGUCAGAUGUAAAGAAAGGCAAACCAAAAAAGAGACCAUAUAGAGAUGAAAGCACACUGACAAAUGACCAGAAAGCCAUUUUGGAAGCUCUUAAGCAAACAGGAAACCCAGCACUUAUAGAAAGCUUUUGGAAAGAUAAUGGUGAAAAGAAGUUUUAUAAGAAGAGAAGCGGUCAGUUCUGGAAGUAUCUUUGCACAUUACCUAUAAAUCUUGAA